UAGCUUGUGUAAGUCCCGCAGACACAAAUGCAGAGGAGACCUUGAACACAUUGAAGUAUGCAAAUCGGGCUCGCAACAUUCAAAACAAAGCCAUCAUCAACCGUGAUCCAAUGGCAGCUCAGAUGCAAAGAAUGCGCAGCGAAAUUGAACAGUUGCAGGCAGAGCUUCUUUACUUUCGUGGAGAUUCCGGUGCACCAUUUGAGGAACUUCAGAUUCUUAAGCACAAGAUUUCUUUGCUCGAAGCAAGCAACGCCGAGCUACAGCGGGAACUACAAGAACAUCGAAUCAGUUGUGAACUUCUGACACAACGUGCUAUUGAUGCUCAGGUUGAAAAAGAUAGACUUAUAAUGAAAAUUGAAUCAGCUCAAAACGGUAAAUCCUGGGAUGAGAUUGACUCUAAUUCAAAUCAGGACUUUGAUUUGGUGAAAAACUAUGUGUCCAAAAUUCAAGAGUUAGAAGGGGAAGUGCUACGCUUACAAAGAUCAAACCGUUCAAGACAUAGUGAAGUUGCUGAUUAUCAUGACUUGGAUUAUGAUGGGGUUCUCUCCAAAAAUUCUUAUUUCACAGUGUCUGAUUCAAAAGCUGCAGACAUGAGCGGUGAGGAAGAGGGUGAGGAGAAAGAGCUUGAACAUUCUUCCCUUCAAGAAAAAUUGGACAGGGAACUUAAAGAACUGGACAAAAAACUUGAACAGAAGGAGGCUGAAAUGAAGCGGUUCACAAAUGUUGAUACAUCUGUUCUUAAACAACAUUAUGAAAAGAAAGUUCAUGAAUUGGAACAAGAAAAGAGAUCUCUCCAGAAAGAGAUAGAGGACCUGAGGUGCAAUCUGGCAAAUAUUUCAUCCAAUUCUGAUGAAAGUGCUCAAAAGCUGAAGGGAGAUUAUCUACAGAAGUUGAAUGUCCUUGAAGCACAGGUCGCUGAGUUGAAGAAGAAACAAGAUGCACAAGCUCAACUCUUGAGACAAAAACAAAGAAGCGAUGAGGCUGCAAAACGACUAAAUGAUGAGAUUCAGAGAAUAAAGACACAAAAGGUUCAAUUACAACAAAAAAUAAAGCAAGAGUCUGAGCAGUUCAGGUUGUGGAAGGCAUCACGGGAAAAGGAAGUCCUUCAGCUAAAGAAAGAAGGAAGGAGGAACGAGUAUGAGAUGCAUAAGCUGUUAGCCUUGAAUCAGAGGCAAAAGAUGGUCCUUCAACGAAAAACUGAGGAAGCUUCUAUGGCUACAAAACGGCUAAAAGAUUUAUUGGAAUCUCGAAGAUCUGCAUCACGUGAAGCAUCUGCUGGAAAUAGCAAUGGUCCUGGAAUUCAGGCACUUAUGCAGGCAAUUGAGCACGAGCUUGAAGUCACUGUACGGGUACAUGAAGUGCGCUUGGAGUAUGAGCGCCAAAUGGAAGAGAGGGCUAGAAUGGCAAAGGAGGUUGCAGAGUUGAAGGAAGAAUCACAGAUUUUAAAGCAAAGAAAUUUAAGUGGUUGCCCUCAGAAAAUGUCUCCCGGUGCAAGAAAUUCAAGGCUUUUUGCGCUUGAAAACAUGCUUGCUACUUCAUCCAGCACUCUUGUUUCCAUGGCAUCACAGUUGUCAGAAGCAGAAGAGCAUGAACGGGCCUUUAGUGGCAGAGGACGUUGGAAUCAAGUUCGGUCUCUUGCUGAAGCAAAAAAUAUCAUGAACUAUCUAUUUAACUUAGCAUCCUCCUCCAGAUGCCAGCUACGGGAUAGAGAAGUUGACUGUAGAGAGAAGGAUUCGGAAAUAAGAGACCUGAAGGAAAAAGUAUUCAAUUUAGUUAGACAGCUGGAAAUGCAGAAGGCUGAACUUAUUCGUCAGGAGAAGUUGAAGAAGUUGACCCCAACGAAGCACUCCAAGGAAAAGACCCAAAACUCUGAAGCUUAUAUGGUGAACAAUGAGGAUGGACAUGUGUACGAUCUGCGACACAAGGUAGUUCACGCCUUACAGGGAUCCCAGAACUCCAUAGUUUACAAUGGAGAGAGUAAUAUUGAGAUAUUGGAAGACAUGGAUACAGCCGAAUCAGAGCAUUCUGACCUGAAUGAAGCUGACGAUGACUGUGAAUGGGAACAUUCUGAAGUUGAAGCAGCUGAUGAAGAUGGUGAUUGGGUAACUCCACUAAAGGAGAGAAAAAGGCGCCAAGCUAAGAAAAAGAAUUCCACCAUUGAAAACCAUUCAGGUACAGGAUCCAAUCCAGUCAAUAUCAGUGAUAUGGAGACUACAGGCGAGGCAGACAGCACUGUUACAUGGAAAACUGCAUCCGGAAUUUGCUGCUCAUGCAGCAAACAAUCUUCAUGCAAGACAAGGAAAUGCGAAUGUCGAGCUGCAGAGGGCUGUUGUGGGAUGUCUUGUGGCUGUGAACCAACUAGAUGCAGCAAUAGAAAUGCAGCUUCUACCACCGAGUUGGGUGGCUUGCAGCCAUUGGAACUAGCUGAAGGCACCGGUAAUUUUUCAGGCACCGAUCAAACAGAUAGGAGCCAUAUUCUUGCUUCUCAUGGUGCAAUGCUACUUGAGAGUGCACUUUCCGAGAAGCCUGCUGGGACAAAUGAUGAGAGCGGGGCUAGAAGAAAGCCUUUGUCUGACAUUGGAAAUACACUGGGUAAAUCAAAUGUGCCAAAGCCUAAUCAGAGGAAAAAAUGGCGGAAGUCAGUUAUUCAGCUAGUUCCCGCUGCCCCACCACCUUCUCAGACAGAAAUUGUUCCUGUGGCCCCACCUUCCUCUCAGACAGAAAACACUGAGGGGCCAAAGAAAUCAGAGAGCAUCAGCAUUGAAGCCAACAUCCCAUUGAAAUUGCCUAGAGCAAUGCGAUCUGCAUUCUCGAGUACCAAUCCAUUGAAAGAAAGGAACUCUAACCAGCCCAAUGAUUCUACACUUCACAAGGAAUCUGGUGCUCCAGCUCCCAGAAGUCCUCAGCGUCAUGAAAGAACGACAGAUGAGAAAGAAAACCAUGGCCUUUAA